CGCCUCCAUCGCUGAUUAGUAUAUUCUUCAAAAGUCCGAAGGCUAUAAUGUCGGAAUCAGUUCAGGUUGCAGGAAAAAGAAAGCGUGCCAGGACGCAGUCCUGUCCUCCACCCGAAUUGCCACAACUUGUCGCUGAGCAACAUGUUCCCAUCGCUCCCAAUGAUAAGGAGACGCAGCGGUUGAUUGUGGUUCUGUCACACGCCAGCUUGGAGACGUUUAAAGCUUCUCACGGUGGACGCAAUGGUACUGCUCGCGACGAGAAAUACUCUUUGCUAAACAGCGAUGAACAUAUUGGCGUCAUGCGCAAAAUGAACCGGGACAUUAGCGAGGCGCGUCCCGACAUCACUCAUCAGUGUCUUCUCACUCUUCUUGACUCUCCCGUCAACAAAGCUGGCAAGCUGCAAAUCUACAUUCACACUGCCAAAGGCGUUUUAAUUGAGGUCAACCCCUCGGUUCGCAUUCCUCGAACUUUCAAGCGCUUCGCCGGUCUCAUGGUUCAGCUUUUGCACCGACUCUCCAUCCGUUCCACUAACUCGCAAGAGAAGCUUCUCAAAGUCAUCAAGAACCCAAUCACCGACCAUUUGCCUCCAAACUGCCGCAAGGUGACGCUCAGUUACGAAGCCCCGGUUGUGCGAGUCAAGGAUUACAUCGAGUCUCUGGGCCCCAAAGAGAGCAUCUGUAUAUUUGUUGGAGCUAUGGCCAAGGGCCAGGAUGACUUUGCGGACUCGUUCAAGGAUGACACCAUUAGUAUCAGCAACUACAGUUUGAGUGCGAGCGUCGCAUGCAGCAAGUUCUGUCAUGCCGCAGAGGAAGUUUGGGAUAUCCUAUGAACGAAAUUGUCAUUCCACUCCCAUCUUGCAAAUUUCCCGAACUUGACGACGUGACGAAUCUCCUUGCGGACAUACAUCUAAACCUGUCAAAACAUGGCAAACACCGCAUGUUGGAAUUGACCUUUCUGGCCCUCGCGCCGCCCUUCCUACGUACCUGUGGACUUACUCCAUCUGACAAAUUGGAUCUACGUCGGUUUCCUGUUUUGCCUUACCUCCUGUUUCUGGAUCUGUCAAGAUUUAUGUCCGGUCUGUGGAACCAACAACUCCAGGAGUCCGGAUUCCAGAUUACAGCCUUAUGAUUCCUGUAUUAUGCGCUCUUCCGACGGUAUAGUUGUUGACAAGUGACAAAAGGAUUGUCAAGGCCCGGGCGGAUCCCGCUGUACUUGAUUUAUGGGCUACGCCGUAUCUGCGGCAUGUCUAUUAACACAGCUGCACACGAUCAUGUCCUUGGAGCCGGACAACCUACCAUAUGCGAGGAAAUCGUUGUGGUGGCAUGACGUAUCACAGUCUACUUCUCGGCCGGCCAUCGGAUUAGAUAUAUAGAUAAAUAAUGAUGUGAGCCUCUAGGCCUCCAGGUAGAGACGAA